AAGAGCCACCGCGGAUCCUGCCCUUGGCUGCGAUUCAUUUCUUAUCGUUGCGGCGACUUUCCUGUCUUCGCGAUCUUCCUCUGCGAUUUGGAGUUUUGUAGAUUGUUGGCGAAGAUAUCAUGGGCAAAGGUCCAGGUCUCUACACCGAUAUUGGAAAGAGAGCUCGAGAUCUGCUGUAUAAGGAUUUCAACAGCGACCAGAAGUUCACAUUGACUACCUAUUCUCCCACUGGAGUUACCCUCACUUCAACUGGAAUUAAGAAGGGCGAACUAUUCGUUGCUGAUGUGAACACUCAACUGAAGCAAAAAAACAUCACCACCGAUAUUAAAGUGGACACAAGCUCAAAUCUCUUCACCACCAUAACAAUUGAUGAACCCGCUCCUGGAUUGAAGACAAUAUUAAGCUUUAGAAUUCCCGACCAAAGGUCUGGGAAGUUGGAACUUCAAUACUUGCACGAGUAUGCCGGGAUAAGCUCAAGCGUUGGGUUGACUGCUAACCCGAUCGUGAACUUCUCCGGUGUUUUGGGAAAUAAUAAGUUUGCACUAGGAAGUGACCUGUCGUUUGACACCAAGGAAGGAGCAUUAACCAAAUGCAACUUCGGCGCAAGCUUCACAAAUUCGGAUCUCAUAGCUUCCCUGACAGUGAACGACAAGGGUGAUACAUUGAACGGGUCGUACUACCACAUAGUGAGCCCGUUGACCAACACUGCUGUUGGUGCAGAGGUUACCCAUAGCUUCUCGACUAAUGAGAAUACUAUCACAUUCGGCACACAGUAUUCUUUGGACCCAAUGACUACUGUGAAAGCUCGAUUGAACAAUUGGGGAAAGGCGAAUGCUCUGAUCCAGCAUGAAUGGCGCCCUAAGUCGCUUAUCACUGUCUCGACUGAAGUGGACACCAAAUCUAUCGACAAGAGUGCCAAAUUCGGUUUGGCAUUGGCUCUCAAGCCAUGAAUGGUCGGGUGCCAUCCUCGUCGUCAUAUGGGAUUCUGUCUGUGCUUGUCGGUAAUAAUAAUCUAGAUUGCUGCGCCAAAUUUGAUUUCCUUUUUUCGUUACCUUUAAUUGAAUUAACCUUUUGUUGAACUUAGUAUUAUCAUCCUUUUGCGGAUCUCGAAUCUCAAGCCUGAAUUUUCCCGGUCAGUUCAGGGCGUUUCUCGCUAUUCUUUUUCUCUUUCUUGAAUUUGUUGUGCCUUUGCCUUGCAAUGAAUGUCAUGGAGAUAAUGUCCCCAUCGGAAUAAUUUGCCAUUUCAUGAAGUUUUAUUUGUAUGAUCGUUAAUUUUGGAGAUGGCGACAUCCUCUCCAUGAACUAUAUAUUUGAUGGUAUCGGGAAUGGCUAGUCGACUAGUGAAGUAUAAAUUGACGGUAUAUGACUUGAAUUAAUGCAAAUGUGAUGUGCCGCCUUACAUAUGUGCUGGGUAAACAUUUUGUGUCCGAGAUUAAUUGCGUUAUGAUAAUUAUUAUCAUGUGUUAGUUAUGCCUCUUAAACGUGUGUUCGAGUGUUCGGCAUACAUCUUGUUUCGAGAUUAAUUGUGUUAUGUGAUAUAUGGAUUAUUAUUAUGUAUUGUCGGUUUAUGUAUUGUAUUGUAUUGUAUUCGGAUCAUGUUUGGUAUGUAACUUGAAAUGUUUUAUUCUUUA